ACAGAAAAGCACACAUGCCAUAUGACCGCAUCCCAUUUGGAGUAUUAGACGUCCUGGUGGUGUGACUGACCAGAGUCCAGUGUAAAGAAAGCUACCAACAACAGAGGAAGUACUUCAUUGUGACCAUAGACAGACAGCUAACUCACAAAUAAAAUGUCUGGAAACGUUGAUGAGGAGGAAGCCAACGUCACCCAUACAGGCCCAAAGGGAGUCAUCAAUGACUGGAGGAGGUUUAAACUGGAAAGCAUGGAUCAGGAGUCCCUGCCACCCCAGAAGAGAGAGCUCCUCAGGCAGAUGUCCUCCCCACACAAGCCUAAAGAUGAUGGCAGGGGUGGCCUCAAUCGUAAGAUGAGCGUCCAGGAGUACGAACUCAUCAAGGAGGACGAUGAGAAGUGCAUGAAAAAGUACCGCAAGCAGUGCAUGCAGGAGAUGCAUGAGCGCCUUAGUUUUGGGCCCAAGUUUGAGGGUGUGUAUGAGCUGGACAGCGGCGAGGCCUUCCUGGAGGUAAUUGAGAAGGAGCACCGGCUCACAGUUGUAGUAGUCCACAUCUACAAGGAUGGUAUCAAAGGCUGUGAGCAGCUUAACAGCUGCCUGGACUGCCUGGCUGCCGAGUACACCAGCGUCAAGUUCUGCAGGAUCGAUGCAGAGGCGACAGGUGCAGGGGAGAGGUUCACUGAUGACGUCCUGCCAACCAUGCUGGUGUACAAGGCCGGUGAGCUGCUGGGGAACUUCCUGGCCACAAACCAACACUUCAAUGAGGAGUUCUUCGCCACUGACGUGGAGGCUUUCCUGAAUGGAUAUGGUCUGCUGCCAGAGAAAGAUUUAGUUGUGGGGGCAGAAGACGAGGAGGCAGCCGCAGAUGUGGAGGCAGUGGAGUGAUACAGGAGUGCAUAUGGAGGAUGCAGGGGUUGAAAGUGGAAUAUUUGAAGAGGAUAAGAGUGGAGUGGAGGGAGGGAGGAAGGGAUGGACGGAUGUGUGUGGUGAAGGAUAUCUGUUCAUAAUGGAUUGAUAAUUUUUUUAUAUAAAGGGAAUAUAUUACAUUGUUCUAUGAUUCAGAGAGUAGCAGAAACGCACAUCCUCGGCUGACUUCACUAGAGGGGCCUAAACAUAGAGGAAGUCCAUCCCCUAAAUGAGGGAUAAUUCAAUAAUGUCCAUCCAGGAAAGAAACCUAUGCGAGAUGAAUAAAGGUGUCCCUGAGUACUUGAAUAUAAGGUAGGGUUCCUAGAAGCCGUUUGCAGACCUUGGGCCAGUUUCAGUAAAUGUAUUGUUGGGAGCAUUCCAAAGUUGGUCUAUUAUUAGGCUGUAUUUAAGUUGGAAAACCUUUGGUUUGGUAAGGAUUACUGUAAAACAUCACAUAUUGGGCAGGUUUCUGAAAAGGAGUCAUUUAGGUUCAGGAAACCAGCCCAUAGCGUUUCUGGUUGAAAAUGUUUUUAGAAUCCUAUUUUCUUCAGGUUAAAAUAACAAUUUGUUUUAGGGAUUUACUAAUAUUUCAGGUAUGUGUGCAAUAUUGUAUGUAAGCAAAGAAAACAAAAAUCAUUAAAAAUGUAUUUAUAAACAUG